AAACCUGCGACGGACACGAGUCUCAGCUCCUUCAGCCACCUUCAUCGCCGUCUUUACUACGUGGCCGUCUUCCAUCCAAUGUCAGAAGGAACAACAUCAUAAUCCGAUUCCUACGAGCUUCCUCCUUCUACUCUGUCCAUUGAACUUUGCGACUUUGAUCAAACCUCAGUCCUUGCUCCGUCCAUACACCCACAACCAUGUCCGUCGUUCACGGAACACAUAUGCGCCGAUGGGUGCUAUCCCUCCCUCCCGUCGAAUGGUGCAUCCGCAGCCUCCGCGACACAUUAAUAGGAGCUCUCCGAUGCGGACCUAUACCCGAACACGUCGCCUUUGUCAUGGACGGCAACCGACGAUGGGCUCGAAAAAGCAAGGUGGAAACAGUAGAAGGACACAACAUGGGUUUCGAAGCGCUGGCGCGGAUCCUCGAAGUGUGCUACAAGAGCGGCGUGCGGGUGGUGACGAUAUACGCAUUCAGCAUUGAGAACUUCAAGCGAAGUCGGUACGAGGUGGAUGCGUUGAUGGACAUGGCGAAGAUGAAGCUCGUGCAGUUGUCACAACAUGGCGAACUGCUAGAUCGCUACGGUGCCAGUGUGAGGAUUCUCGGUGACAGGAGUCUGAUGCGGGAGGACGUGCAGGAGCAGAUCGAUCGCGCGGUGGAGAUGACGAAGCACAACGACAGCG